AGUCAAACUUCAUGCCAGUCUGUGCUGUGUGUCUGCCGAUGUUGGUGUUUUGUGGAGGAUCCUUUUUGUGGUGGCUUAUGAGUGGAUGAAUUUGAUUUAAUAAUUCAAAGUGUUUUUGUAAAGAAACCAGCGCCUCGAACGCGGGUUAAGAGAAUAUUUAGCAAACGCACCUAGACUUUAUAUCGACGGUAGAACCGUGGCGUCCUAAAGGAACUUGAAUCAUGCCCCGGAUCCAAAUCAAUGUGACGUCCGUGCUGGUCCACAAUAACAGAAGUAACAGUGGCUUUAAAUAUAAAAAUGAAAAACUCAAAGAUGUUACUGUUAAACGUGAGCCAGUCUCGCAUAAAUUGUCCGGUCACGCAGAGACGUCGCCCAAUCACAAGUUCUACAGGUUUAAGAAAAAGGACUAUUCAGGGCGUUGCUGUGAAAGUUUUGCCCUGCCGGAUGAUCCAAUUUAUUCCGAAACAAUGGUGAUGUUCAAGGGAUGGGAAAAAUCUAAAUUGGAUGUUCGCUUGGCAAACCCACAGGAUCUUUGUUGUGUGAACCUGAACUAUGUCAAUGAACCUUGGCUGAUCGAGACUCACGAAGUAAUAACCCCUUAUUGGAACCCCGAUAGUCUAUUCUCCUUCAGGCCGGAAGAAGUACGACGUAAGGCCCAAUUGGAGGAGUUUGAUACAGCAGCUGAAUACUUGGAGGUUGUCGGUAAUCCCGCUUCCCUUAACCGCCACCAUCGCAAUGGACAGACCACAAUUAACAUCCAGAAUAGCGAUCUCAAUAAUGUUGAUAUCACCGCACUGAAAGACCAUGUAAUUAAAGCGAUCGAAGAGGUGAUUAAAACCAGCAGUAAAGUUGAUAUGAAAAUUCAAAUUGUAGCGAAUUCGAGGGAUGAAAACUCGUUUGAAGUUCGUGUUAAUGAUGGUCGAAUCACUGCACCAUCGUUGGAAACUAGAGGGGCUCGUGCGGAAACCAAAGAAAACGUUAAGUGUAUUAAGAGUGUAUCUCAAGCUGGCACCAGCUCGGCGGUGCAAAGCACUAAAAACAAUUUAAAAUCUCACUUAGCAGCUAAUUCUCAUGUGGGACACAAGAGUAAAACACGAAGUCGCAAAGAAACUAAGUCGAUAACUUCAGCUGCGCCUACCAAAACGGGAAGUUGGCCUUUCAAUCAGUGUUUGCAAAAUGGAAAUGCUAGUUUUAAAAAGCCAUUAUUGUCAAAAGAAACACCCUUUCCAUCCACCGAUACUGCACAUGCAAAACGAGAUUCUCGAUUACCAUUAUUGUCCACUCGUAACGAAACUGAAGUCGAUUCACAGCCGUCUAAAAAGCUUCGAGGGAGGACGCAAAAAUCCCUUAAAUCUGGCGAUUCUGGCCGGGAAUUUUCUGGGACUGAACAUGUUUUUCAACCGCCAAAACAGACAAAACCCAGUCGUAGUCGCGAUUUUUCCAACUUGAGUUAUCAGUCAAAGCGGGUGUUGAGAUCGAGCGCUCGUGCGCGGGGAUCUAGAAGGCACAGUGGACUAUGAUAAAAAAUGUUUGCUGAUUGCGAACAGCAGCACUAGUCAAGGAGAAGAGUUGCCUGUCGACAACAACCAGGACGAGUGUCCCAUAUUGUCGUUAAUAACUGAUGAUUCAGCUCUUGAAACGAGUUUAACUGAUGAGAAAGCAAGAAUCUCACCAAUCCAAGUCAGAAAAUCAAAGCGAACAUUUAAGCCAGUAGACAAGCUGGAUAUGUUGGAGCUUGAACGCAAAUUUACUCCGAUUAAAAAGGAAACGAUUGCUGUGGAUGAUGAGCAAAGUUUGAAUAAUAUGCCAUUGCCGGAUCGCUUGCUGCUGGAUGCUGGAUACGGCGACAGUGUGGACAAAGUAUCUGAAAAUGGUUCUAAAUCGAGCAGCGACCUUACCAGUUCCAAUUUAUACUCGUUCGAGUAUCAAGUGAAAUUGCAUAAGCAAAACAAUCUUUUCCAUGGGAUCAAAAAUGUUAAGGUAUGCGAUCAUUGUUUUCGGCAAGGAGAACUUUACAAAUGCAAAGGAAAGUGUGGCGGAUCGUUCCACAUAAAAUGUUUGUCAGAUGUGGGACGCCAACGAGCCACCACAGGAUCGAUGGCGCGAAGAUCGAAAUCGGCGGGUUCUAAGCAGAAAUCGAAAGUGAGGCACGCAUGCGAACCCAGAGUGCUCCGGUCUCGCAGGAAAAGCCAAUGCGAAAUUGUCACCGUUAAGCCCAAAUAUGUCGUAGGCUUGCCGAACAGGGACAGUUUACCUGGAAACUUCCACAAUUUGAGCUUGACUGAUCAAAUUGAUUACAGCAUGCAGCAGGUGAUGCGACAGUCUGAGCAUUUCAGCACCUACAUUGAUCUGUCAGACAGUGGCUCAGAUGUAGAGUUUGUUUCUCAGACAACAGAGACCCUAGACGUUUCGGAGAGCUCCGAAAAUUUGUCUGGAAUCAAUGUUGCACACAUCACCGCCGACUCGAUUAUAUUGGCCGAGGAAGCAGACGAAUCAUCAGCGUUGAAAUGCAGACAUUGUCGAUUAUCAAAGGACCCUCCUUGUUUUUCAUGCAGUUCAGAGGUUAACAAACGGGGUGAAAUUGCUCGUCGCAAAUGUUCGUUGUUCAGAUGUGGACGCUACUACCACAUGCACUGUCUGAAAGCUUGGCCUCAGACGCAAUGGUCUAUUGGAAAAUGGUCCAAAAUCCAACUGUUAGAGGACGACUUCACCUGUCCCGCGCAUAGAUGUCACACCUGUUUCUCGGAGGAACUUGGAUCUUCAGCUUCUUGUAGAUUACCAGGUGACAAACUGGCUCGGUGUCUGUUAUGUCCCUCGGCAUUUCACGCAACAACUUUUUGCACUCCGGCCGGAUCAGAAAUCUUAGGUGGUGCGCAGAUUAUUUGCCCGAAACAUAAACCUAGAAGCGUACAACCCAUCAAUACGGGAUGGUGUUUUAUCUGCUCGGAAGGCGGUAAUCUGGUAUGUUGUGACACAUGCCCUACCAGCGUCCACCCUGAAUGCCAACCCGUUAAUUUCACCGAUGAUGAUAAAUAUGUUUGCGAAGACUGUGAAUCAGGUCGGUUUCCUCUUUACGACGAAGUGGUUUGGGUGAAGCUUGGCCAAUACCGCUGGUGGCCGGCGCUGAUCCUGUUCCCGAAUGAGGUACCCUUAAACGUUCGACUGCUGAAGCAUAAGCGGGGCGAUUUUGUGGUUCGAUUCUUUGGUACGAACGAUCACUAUUGGGUGAAUAAAGCAAGGUCCUUUCUGUUCCAAGAAGGCGACAGUGAAGGGGGUCCAAGCAAACCUUGUAAAUCCAAGAACAAAGUCUACUUGUCGUAUACAAAGGCUAUUCAGGAUGCCGAAAUCGCAUAUCGGCUUAAAAAGGAGUUCAAAUUAAGACAAGAAGCCGAAGGUAUUGAUAGUUUGAAGCCACCUGCCUAUAUAAGAAUCAACAAAAGCAAGCCGGUUGGAAAUGUUAAAUGCGGGGAAUUGGACCUGAGCAAUGCCACAGCUUGCGAGUGUAAUCCUCAGAAACCGCUUCCAUGUGGAGCAGACAGCAAUUGCAUUAACCGAUUAUUAAUGACGGAAUGUGACCCGAAUAUCUGUCGAGCGGGAAUUCGUUGUCGAAAUCAAGCGUUUCAGAAGAGGGAGUAUUCAUCGAUAGCACCGUAUAAGACUCAAGGUAGAGGUUGGGGAUUAAAAGCGCUCUCAUCGAUUAAACAGGGACGCUUUAUCAUCGAAUAUGUCGGAGAACUGAUCGAUUCUGAAGAGUACCAGAGGCGGAUAAGAAAAAUGCAUGAGAAAAAAGAGGAUAAUUACUAUUUCAUGACGGUGGACAGCGACCGGGUAAUCGAUGCAGGGCCAAAAGGAAAUUUGUCGCGCUUUAUGAACCAUUCCUGUGAUCCGAACUGUGUAACGCAAAAGUGGACUGUUCUGGGCGAAACCCGCGUUGGACUGUUCGCAAAAUGUGAUAUUGAUGCAGGAUCGGAGUUGACUUUCAAUUACAACUUUGAGGUCGUCGGACAAGAGAAAAAAGUCUGCAAAUGCGGAGCCAAGGCGUGUAGCGGUUUUAUUGGCGGUAAAGUGAAACUGGAAAAACCAAGGGAUUCAUCCAAUGCAGCGCUGGUGCCGAAAAAGCGAAAAAGUACUCAACGACAAUCGAAAAGUGCGGCACCAAUCGAGGUUUGGGUUCCACCAUGUUUCGUGUGCGGUGGCCGAGACUCCAACAUUACGUGCAAUAGCAAUUUGUGUCAGAAAUCCUACCACUUGCGGUGUCUCGAUUUGCAGACCAUGCCAAAAGGUGAAAAGUACACAUGCCCCAGGCACAAUUGUAAGGUUUGCUUUCACCGGACGAACCGAUGCUGCGUUUUGUGCCUGAACUCGUAUUGUGCGUAUCAUGCAAACGGUCACAUUCGGUACGAUCGUCUAAUGGGUUUUGUAUGCUACGACCACGAUCCGAUGAACCUGCCCAAAACAUCGCAAAACAGAAGAUCAACGCGUCGUAAAAGUGAAGCGGAAUCCCGAUCCCCAAACUCCGACGAUGAGGUUUCAGAGGACGAUCUGAGUCUAUUGGAAAGAUUGAACAGGAGUAAAAGGAACUGAAAUAGUCAAUGUAAAUUUGUUAUCAAUCAUUUAAUGAUUUAGUGUUUUUUUUAAAUUGAAACAUGCUUUUGAGUGUUGAAUUCUA